GUGCUCUCCGUCUGAAGCGGCGCCACACUGGAGCACUAAUGAGCAGAGAGAGCUGAGAGCCGAGAGCUGAGAGCGACCCGAGAGCAGAUCUCCCAUCAGCUGAGGAGCAGCAGCGACUCCGACGGCGUCUCGGGCAACAAGGCGAGGGGGCUGAUCCGCAGUCAGCCAGGUUCACGGCUGUGAGAGGCGAAUGACAGCUGUGGGAGAGGCGUGGGCGAGGUUGGCUUCAAAGGCAAAUUAGCCGUGAGUAGAGAGAGGUUGAGAGGAUUGCUCGGGGGGUUCAAAAGCCGACGUCCUCCACGCCCAGAGGCUGACCCUCAGUGCACCCUUUUUUCUUCUUGAGAGGCGGAGGACCUUUCCCCUCCUGGAGGAGACCAGCCAUGGAGGAGACGCUCACCUGCAGCCGGAGCCCUUUCUCCCAGGUGUUCGGGCGUCAGGGUCAGCUCAUGCAAGCCACUGUGCAGUCUCUUAACAGCCUGAACGACCAGAUUGCGAGCUUCAUGGUGACCGGACCUAAGACCGUGGAGAAGGAGGAGCCCGUCUUUCCUCUGCCCGAGAAGGAGCCACUGCAGAAGUCCAUGACUCUGAUGAGACACCUCCUCGUGGAUGCUCAGGCAAAAAUCCUGAAAAUGAUGGAUGACAACAAGCAGCUGGCCCAGCGCAUCGAUGGGGCCAUUCAGUCGGCCAGCCAGGAGGUGACCAACCUGCGGUCGGAGCUGAGCGCCACUAGCCGCAGACUGGCUGAGCUGGGAGCAACGGACUCCUCCGGCGGCGUGCUCGAGACCCUGCAGCACAACCACAACGAUCCCUCUCCCCACUCGAGGCAGAAGCCGCCAGCCGCUGACCUCUGCUACAAGACUGAAAUCAGCAGUCUCAUGGACUUCAACUCUCCGGAUGCCUCACUGGAUAAAGUCCUGCUGCGUGAAGAGGUGGCCCAGCUCCAGGAGGAGGUGCACCUGCUGCGGCAGAUGAAGGACAUGUUGAGCAAGGACCUGGAGGAGACCCAGGGAGGCUGCUCGGCCGACGUGCUCUCCGCCACCGAGCUCCGCGUGCAGCUGGCCCAGAAGGAGCAGGAACUGGACCGGGCCAAGGAGGCCCUGCAAGCCAUGAAGUCGGACCGCAAGCGGCUGAAGGCGGAGAAGGCCGACCUGGUGAACCAGAUGCAGCAGCUUUACGCCACGCUGGAGAGCCGGGAGGAGCAGCUCCGCGACUUCAUACGCAACUAUGAGCAGCACAGAAAAAGCGAGGAUGCGGUGAAGGCGCUGGCCAAGGAGAAAGACCUCCUGGAGAGAGAGAAGUGGGACCUGCGGCGGCAGACCAAGGAAGCCACGGAGCACACGGGGAUGCUGCGCUCGCAGCUCGACCUCAAGGAGAACCGCAUCAAGGAGCUGGAGGCUGAACUGGCCAUGAUGAGUAACUGUGUCAAUCAGAGAAUGGAGUUCCGGGUGUUUGAGCAGCUUGUGGACAGAGACCACUCUCCUAGGUUAAUGGCGGCCAAACAGUCGCUAGCCACCCUGACCAAGGAUGUGCCCAAGCGCCACUCGCUGGCCAUGCCGACGGAGGCGGUCGUCAACGGCAACAACCAGGAGUGGGUGAUGCAGGCCGACCUCCCCCUGACUGCCGCCAUCAGACAGAGUCAGCAGACCCUCUACGUCCACACGGGGCAUCCCACCGACAGACAAGUGGCUGCCGUGCGGGUGAGCCCGUGCCACUCGCGUCAGCCCUCCAUCAUCUCCGACGCCUCUGCCCUGGAGGGGGACCGGUCGUCCACACCCAGCGACAUCAACUCGCCCCGCCACCGGACGCACUCCCUCUGCAACUCCCUAGAAGAUCUGGAGGAGGCGAAGCGUAAGAAGAAGAAAGAGAAGAUCGGCCUGGGCUCUCUGUCGCGUGUCUUCGCGCGGGGAAAGCAACGCAAGUCCCUCGACCCCGGUUUGUUUGAUGACUCGGAUAGCCUCUCCAGCCCCACCCGCCUCAGCCUGUCGGACGGGUCAGAGGACCAGCUGGACCGCCUCCAGCAGGUGGAGCUGGCCCGGACGACGCCCAUGUCUCAGUGGAGGGCGGGCACCGUGCAGGCCUGGCUGGAGGUCGUCAUGGCGAUGCCCAUGUACAUCCGCAGCUGCUCAGAAAAUGUCAAGAGUGGCAAGGUUUUACUGGGACUCACGGAUGAAGACCUGGAGCUGGGGUUAGGAGUCAGCAGUUUAAUGCAUCGUCGAAAGCUACGCCUGGCCAUUGAGGAUUACAGAGAUGCUGAGAAUGGUAGAGGGCUGUCCAAGGCUGCAGAUAUGGACCACCACUGGGUUGCCAAGGCCUGGUUAAGUGACGUGGGCUUGCCUCAGUACUCCCAGGCCUUCCACACUCACUUGGUAGACGGACGCAUGCUGAACUCCCUGACACGCCGCGACCUCGAACGUCACCUCAACAUCACCAAGAAGUUCCACCAGGUCAGCUUGCUGCUGGGGAUCGAACUGCUGCACCUACUUCAUUUCGACAAGGAGGCGCUGCAGGCUCGCCGGAUACAGUGCGAACACCAGAAUGUGGAUCCACUGGUUUGGACGUCUCACCGAGUCAUGAAGUGGAUCAGAGAUAUUGACCUCAAGGAAUUUGCAGAGUGUCUCCUAAACAGUGGCGUUCACGGGGCCGUCAUGGUGCUUGACCCCACGUUUAACACCGACUCCAUGGCAACAGCUUUGGGGAUCCCCGGCAACAAGCACAUGGUUCGACGGCAUCUUGUUGAAGAAAUGAAAACCCUGCUUGGCCCAGCCAGAGCGGAUGCCAAACAGGACUAUGAGCGUUUAGGCCUGGGAACACCACCAACACUGCUUCGCCAAAACUCCCUGGGCAGACCGCCCAGCUCCACCAGCCGACACACUGAUGAAGAGGGCUCCCUGAGAAGGAGGGCUGUCAAGCCCCCUGCAGGAUUCAGCCCCAAAGCUCGCAAUGGUCGGGACUUGAGUUGCCACAGCAGCUAUGGCUCCCUGCCCCGGGAGGUUCGAGACCACACUCCGCCCAGAACAGAUGGAAGCCCGAUCCGCGGUUACACCAGCAUCGAGGUCACCAAUGUGUGAUGUCAUCAGAGCGCGACAAAGGCCAGUCCACACUUGGAGCCGAAACUGCAAUGUGGACAUUUUGUCAUCCUAUGUGCACCUAACCGUGGGAUGUUUUUUUUUUUUUUUUUGUAGAGAUGAAACUUUGCAAGACAGAUUGCACUUUGUAAAAGGGACAGGAUUCUUUGUACGAGUUUCCUGGUUUAUGAAAACUGUGGCCAUGUUGUAUUUUGGUGUGUCUAAUUUGAUUCUUCUAGAAUCAAGCUAAAUGAUUAUUUUUCUAUUGUUUGUGUGUAGGUCAGGAUGGGAUUUCUUUCUUUUUUAAAAAAAAAACAAACAGACAAAACAAGCUAUUCUCUGAGGGGAAUGCAAUUUUAAAAAGAGUAUUUGUACUAUAUGUGGUACUUGAUUAUAAAAUGAAAAAAAAAAGUUUCACAUCAGUGUAAAAUGCUCAUGUUUCAUUCAGUUCUGCUGUUUGUGGGGCCUUGUCAAAGUGGCCGAGGACAAAAAAAAAAGACUUGAAUUUGAAUUUUAAAUUGCCAUUGUCUCAUCUUGCACAUGUACACGGUUGUGUCAAAACAAAUGUAGCACCUCUUCUGAUGUUUUAUACUGUGCAGUAAACAGAAAAAAAUAUCUAUGCGACGCUAACAAAAAGAGGGGGUCACGGUAACCUGUGGGCUAAAAGGCGUGAGAAUGCAACGUGGUGGAAAAUGAAAGAUUGUUUCUUAUGAUGAAAUAAAGAUGACGUCAUAAAGUAAACUUAUACUUAAAUAAAAUACUUGAAUAAAAA